AUGGAGGGCCUUCAGCUGGACUGGAAUGACCCCACAGAUGAUGUACUCCAGAACAUCAUGACUAAACAAGAUGGAUGCGAUUUGUCCGAUCCCAAAUCCUCACUUCCCUUCGACUCAUCUUCAAGCUCACUACUCGACCUGGGAUCGCUUGAUCUUGUUCAAAACGACCCCUCACUCAUGAGCCAGUGGUCCUCGCUAUCGCGAGGUCUAUACUAUCCCCACACAAGCAGUCAAGAUGCCUGGAAUCCCUUGCUGGUCACCGGUGUUCCGACCAUGCCCAACUCACACAUGAACAUCCCCGCUCAGAUGCCUGACCAGGACUGCUGCUUCUCGCAAUACCACUAUAGCGAACCCUCUGAGAACGGAAGCCAGUAUAUAGACAGCUAUCAUUCUACUGAUUCUGGAUAUGGCGGGACGAGCUGUGCAGCCCAAUCCGUUGUUGCUUCUUCGUACGGUGUGGACUCGUCCAGCCCGCAGAUAGGCGUGGAGGAUAAUACCUCAGCCGAAUCGGAGCUUUUCUUCGAUCGUCCUUACUACGGGUCCGGGCCGUCGUACACAUCGGAGUUUGUCAGCUCGCCGUCGCAGUUGGUUAAUGGGUCGGUGCGCUGUGAUCACGGGUCUUGUUCGUGGGUUGGAAAAUGCCCUUCAGACAAGAGGAAACACGAGGCUCGCCAUAAGAAGCUCUUCAUAUGCGACGUGCCAAAUUGCCCUCGAAAGGAAGGCUUCGGCACCAUUAAUGAUCUUGCUCGUCAUAAGAAAUGCGUUCAUAACAAAGAACCUGAGCGCGGUCCUAAGAUGACGUACAUGUGUUUUGGUUCGAACUGUCCGCGCCCGAACAAAAGGUGGCCUCGGCUGGAUAACUUCAAGCAACACUUGAACCGAAUGCAUCAUGAAGAGGAUGGAGAGAUGCUCUUGAAGAAGUCUAUGGACUGGUAUGAGAAAGUCGUCCGUCACCAACCAGGACAACUUUCCUCGGAACAGAGCUCAAGGGACGAGUCAGUAAUUGAAGCACAGGAGGAUGCCACAUCUGUACCGUCGAACACCGAGCUUGAGCCAGCAUACGAGUCCACGUCACAACACACCAACGAUCUUUUCACAUUCGGUUCUAUCACGUCAAAGCCUGCUCAAUACGGCACGCCAUCUGUCGCAGAAUCCGAACCAUCUCAUUUUGCCGGUUUAUGCUCCCUGGGUUUAUCACCAAAUGAAAGUUCUUCGGCGGAGCCUGCCAUCACAAAGCCAGAGGGGUCUGUUGUAGACGCGGCUGACAACUUGAUCAAUGCGAUAACGAAGAUGGUGAAAAGUCGCGGGCGGAGAUCAAGUCAGAGCAUCGACGAGGGAAUCGAGGUCGAAUCUGACAAUGCUCCGCUCUCCCAGCCACAACGGCAAAUAAUACAGAAAGUUCUUUCAGUCGCCCUGGAACGGUUAACCGACGAGAAUGAUGCCACCACACAGGAUUCCGUCAUUGAGAAACGGGGGUGGUUUCAAUGUGACGCCUGUCCAAAACAAACCCGGCUACGCUGUGAGAUGAAAAAACACCAGAAACGCCAUGACCGACCUUACGGCUGUACAUUCCCUCACUGUGCCAAGUCCUUCGGCAGCAAAGCUGACUGGAAGCGCCACGAGAGCUCCCAGCAUCUUGAGUUGCCAACCUGGCUCUGCACGGAAUCCAAUGGGAGAGGAGGCGCUGCAUGCGAGCGGCUGUUCUAUCGGCAUGAUACAUAUACACAGCACCUGCGCCAACAUGGGAUCGCUGAAUAUAAAGUUGCAGCUUCUGCAAGCAAUAAUAGGCUCGAUUUGGCCGAGCAAACAGAUUUCUGGUGCGGGUUCUGUAAUCACAGAGUCCCGCUAUCCAACCAUGGUCUUGCGGGCCGGGAUGAAAGAUUCAAUCAUAUUGAUAUUGAGCAUUUCAAGAAAGGGGAGAGGGGCCAGGAUUGGCGCUUCCCGUCCUCGUCGCCCGGGGGAGAGGAGAUGGACCGGUGUGAGGACGAAGUCCUCAUGUCGAAGGAUACUAGUCGAAAAUCUUUAACUGCUGGUCAGCGGAAGCGCAAAUUUGCUUUGGUAUGA